AUGAACCUGUCUUCAAAUAGUGCACCGAAUGGAACUGCCACCUGUGCUACAGUAACGAAUUCGGGCACAAUUAUUGUAUACGUUACGGUAGCAAUCGGUUGUGUGUCAAUCUGUGAAUCCCUGGUUGUUAUUUUUGUGACUUGGUUUACAAAAAGCUCGCAGGGAAACACAAACAUUUACAUUUUAUCACUGGCUGUGAACGAUAUACUAUUAGUUGCAGCUUACCUCUGCAAUCAACUGUCAGUUGUGUCCCCUGGCUUCUUCAACUUAAUGAAAUCACAAAUCCUGACAAGUUUACACUUUGGUUUAACCUCUGGAACAGCAUUCGCAUCUGUGGAACAUAUGGCAGUGAUAGCAGUGGAUCGAUAUAUUCAAAUCGCCCAUCCGUUUUACUACAUGAAAGCAAUGACAAAGACACGGACUUAUAUUAUUGCACUCAGCUUAUGGAUACCGUGUCUAAUCUGCAUUAUUAUCACUCCGACAGUUUACUAUGGUGAUCAGUAUCGCACACAAUGUAGUCUAUCAGUUCAAGCAACGGUUUAUUGGUAUGUGGGAGUAACUGCCUACUUCAUUAUUGUUGUCAUGGUGUUUCUAUGUUACUUCAAAAUCGCUCAUGUGGCUUUUAAACAUAAGCAAUCUGCUAUUUCUCGGAAACUUCGCGGUAGUGUUUCACAAGCUGAUAUUGAAACCAAGGAAAACGUUACUGCGGCUGUUAGAAGUGUCAAAUUUUUCGCUCUUAUGUUCGGUGUUUUCUUUAUUUGUACAAGCCCACCUUACUUCGGCGGUAUUAUAAGUUUAAGAUUCGUCAUCCCAGAGUUCAUCUCAUUAUGGGUAUUCUCCUUGGUGCCUCUUAGUUCCAUCGUCAAUUUUGUCAUCUACGCGUUCAUGAACAAAGAAUUCACUGCAUCAAUGAAGAAUAUCAUAUUAACAAUGAAAAGACGUUGUUGUGAAGCAACGGGAGAGAUGUAA